UAUUGUCAAUCAUGCUACCGUACUUUUAAAAAUUUUCCGAAUAGUUCAGUACCAACUAGUCUCCUAUGAGCGUGUUGCACUCUACUCUUGGUAACUGUAGUCCGUCGAGAAUACAAGUUGAACCAAAAGAGACAAGAAUUUACUCCUUUUAUCCUCAGCAGUUUCCACAUAAUACUUUUCUACAUGACAAUAUCAAGUCAGGAAAUAGGACUGCAACUCAAUUUUCUAAUAACGAUACUCUGAGCAAGUCAAAGAUAACCUCUGAUGAAGACCUCAGCAAGUUUCACAACAAAGGAAACACUGAAAGUUUUUAUACAAUAGACAAGAAUCCUAAGGCUAUGCUUACAACAACAACAGUUUCUAUGGGAAAAAUUCUGCUAGAAAUUAAUUCCAUCGAAAAACGUUUAAAAACUAUCCACGAAACUGUUGAAAAGCACCAAGGUGAACCUCAAAUAAACACUAUACAGAAUCAAAUCUUCGAAUUUGAAGAAAGGGUGUGUAGAAAUAAUCUGAUGAUGACUACCUUCUGCUUACAUGUCCCCAUAGAUGCAAAGAACUUUACAGAAGACAGAACUGGAACUUCAGCUCAAAUUCGACGCUGUAAAUCGGCAAGUGACCCACCAUCUAAGUCAGAUUUACUUUGUCCUAUCCGAAUGGAUUUCAAUGAUGAGUUCUAAAAGUAUCAAUGAGUUAACUAUUAAUAAUC